CAAAUAUUGGUCAUGCUUAAAACACAAUCGGCUCGAACACUUCCCAUUUUGGUAUUUCGCUUCAACCUUGAUCAGCAGCAAAAUCCUUAUUUCGUGUGGAGCUCAAACGGUUAUUGUUGUUGGAGACGCGUGGAGGGUAGAAUUGGCGAGUGAAGUCAUUUUACAGAGUAGUAGUCAUUUUUAUUAACGUAUAAUUUACACAUUUAAAGUUUUACUCAGUACAAAUUUUCUGCUUUAGAUUGGUUUCAAAUUACAACUUAAUUAAUAGUUAAAUAUUUCUAUGACUGCUUUAUGUCAUGCUUUGGAACAAAGAUGUUGAUUGUUGAUUUUAAAUCAAAGUUAAUAUUUGAAUAUAUUAUUAAAAAGUUGAUAUCUUUUAAAUCGUUUUAAAAAGUGUUUUAAAAGUUUAUUUCAUUUAAGAAUUUACUUUCAUUAAAUUAUUUUCCAGAAUAUUUAUUUUAAAACUUUUUAAAGACUUCCACAUUAAAUAUUUAUUUAAAAUUUAUAUUUAUCUCCUUAAUUAGAUUAGGGUGUUACACUUGAAUCACGAACUUUAGUUAACAUGUUCGGCUAAUGAGAGACGAGCAUGCACUAAUGCUCGAUAUGAGGGUAAAAGAGUUCUGAAUGAGUAUAAUUUAUAUAUUUUGUAAAAAGUAGGCAUUUUUUAUAUUUUGUCUUUCAAAAUGGAUGCAUAUCAUUUUCAUCAUACUAUUUACUUAUGUUUAAGAUUAGAAUAGUACUAUUAUAUGAGUUUGAGAUUGGAAGCGUAUUGUAAUAUUUCAACUUUAUUAAAAUAGAUAAGCAAUUAUUGUAACAAUUUAUAGUUAAUUAUUAAUAUAAUUUAUAAAUUUUAAUGAGUUUUAAUUUUGGAACAGGAAGAAGUGAUAAAAUCAUUCUUUAAAUCGUGUUUGGGACAUGUACACCAAGUAUAGAAAAUUUAAACAAAUCUGAAUAUUUAUCAACAUGCCUAUAUCAAUUUUUUUAACCUUUGAUGUUCGGGCCAUAACUACAAUUAACCCUUUAUUCUACUUAUUAAUGUUUAUUUUGUAAAUUUUGGAUUAUUAUUGCGCUAAAUAACUAAUCAUUCUAACAAAUUAGCGAGAUUGUGUUUGAGAUUAGGACGAGUAAUAAAGUCACUUUUUAAAUAAGUUUGACAAGAAUACGAUGACGGAACUAUACCAACCUCAUUAUUUUGAUCUAAAUUUAGUAAAUUAUAAAUUUGUUUUUAUAGUAUAUACUUGUAAAUUAUUACGCAAAGUCAUAUAUCCCGUCCAAAUUGGAAAGGGUAUACGGUAUACCACAAUUCGAUUUGAUGGAUGGCUUUGCACAUGAAUAGCUCACUAGUGGAGGUGUUUGGUUUUAGUGAUAAGGCAUGAUUGAUAAAAUAAUCCAUCUUAAUCAACUGUUUGGUUUGAAUGAUUUGACCCAUGAUUGAUAAUUCGGCCCGCAUAUAAUUAGACAACCAAUUGAGUGAUUAUUUAUCUGGAUAAUUAAAUCAUUCCCCCAAUUCUAUCAAUCUUAUAAAUCUUAUCUAUCUCAUCCACCAAACCAAACGUAGUAUUCUUCUAAGUUAUUAGUGGAGCUUAAUCCCCCCUAUCGUCCCUCCUUAGUGGCGUCGCCAGCCACUAGUAUCGGCAUAAAACUCUAUCUGUAUAAUACUUUAUUUGAAAUCGUGUUUGAAUACCGUAUUGAUGAUCGAUGUGCACAUGGAGUGAAAAAUCUCAAAAUAAAAGAGUGAAUUCAAAGGCAUAUGAAAUUUGAAUAAGAUUUUGAUGAAGAAGAAUAACACAACACUAUAAAUAAAUGAAGGUUGCAGCAGGUGGAUUGAGAGUGGAGCGAAGCGGGUAAAAUGUGGAAGGCGGUGUGUGCAAUGGUGAGCGUGGAGCUCAGCUUAGCUCUCGUAAACAUACUGCUGAAGAAGGCCAUGAACGGCGGGAUGAGCCGCGUCAUCAUCGUCGUGUACAGGCAAUCCGUCGCCACCAUCUUCUUAAUCCCUUUCGCCUUCUUCUGGGAAAGGAAUAGCUGGAGCAAGCUCACUGCCAGUUUGAUCUGUCAAAUGUUUCUAUGCGCCUUGAUCGGGUUGACACUCACGCAGUAUUUGUUCUUGGUUGGACUUGAUUAUACAUCAGCAACAUUCACUUGUGCUUUCAUAAACAUAGUCCCAGUCAUCACAUUUCUCCUCGCAUGGCCACUCAGGAUGGAGAGGGUGGACAUAAGCCGCAACAGCGGCAAGGCCAAGGUGGCGGGCACGGCUGUCUGUGUCAUGGGAGCUUUGUUACUGUCGGUUUACAAAGGCGAGCUGCUCAUCAACCACCCCCGGCAUGGUGUCGAGCACCGGGCUAAUGUUGAGGCGAAGAGGUUGGGCCCCGGUGCAGCGUUUCUUGCUGCGGGCAGCGUGGCUUGGUCCUCGUGGUUUCUUAUGCAGUCGAAGAUCGGGCGAUACUUCCCACAUCGUUACUCGAGCACGUUGAUCAUGUCGUCCUUCAGCUCAUUCCAGUCAGCACUGUUGUGUUUCGUCACGGACCGGGAUUUUUCCAAGUGGAUUGUUAGAGGGGAACUUGACAUUCUAACAGUCGUAUUUAGCGGAAUCGUGGGAUCAGGACUAUGUUAUGUGGUGAUGUCUUGGUGUGUGAAGCGACGUGGUCCGGUUUUUACCGCUGCAUUUAGCCCUUUAAUUCAGAUUUUUGCUGCGGUUUUGGAUGUUUCAGUGCUGCAUGAAGAGAUUUACCUCGGGAGCAUUUUGGGAUCGGUUGUGGUAGUUGUUGGCAUGUAUGUUCUCCUGUGGGGCAAAAGCAAAGAUCAACAAGAGGCUUGCGGCGCUCUUCCUAAGAGAAUAGAUGAAUCCCAUACUCAACAAAUUACCAAUUAGUCGCAUUUAAUUUAUUGCUAAAUGUGGGGGGAGGAAAUAUUAUAUCCAAUUGUAUUAUUGAUUCUGCAUCGUUUCCAAGUACUUGUACACAUAUUCGUGAUAAAAGAUUGUAUGUUUACUAAGAUAAGUAUGUUAUAAUUUCGGAUGUUAAAUAAAAUUUGUUUUU